AUGAAUAAAUUAAAAUCUGUUGAACUUAUUUCAGAUCCUAUCACGUUUAAAGAUCAAGAUCAACGAGUCUAUAACCAUGUUGACUUGCCCGUGGUAACAGAUCAGUCCCCAUUAUGUUGA